CCGUCCUCCGCUCUCUAUCACCAAAUGCCGUCCGACGCGCGCAACUCCGUGACUGGGACAAGAAAAGAAACAAAAUUACAAAACAAAUGGCAACAACCUUGAUCAACAUUAAUAUUUCACUAAGUUAUUAACAGUCUCAUUCUUCUCAGAAGUAAACCACAUACGCUCCUCCAAAUCGCCCCUUCGACUUCUGCAUGGUCCGGAUUCAGGACAUGAGUCCCGGCUGCGUGUUCUUGUAAUUGGGAUGUUACCUGUGUUCAUGGCUGUGGCUAGAAGAUGAGCGUUGGCGAGGGAGCGACAAGGGACAAGACUGGAACCCAAGUUCAAGCCAGUAGCGUUGGUCCUGACUGAGCGCUCCAGAUGAGUUGAGUCGCCCCCACUCCCUCCUCCCCCCUCUCCUGGGUGUAGCGUAGCCAGGUGGGAUGUCCCUGGUGUGUGUCCUCUUAUCACUGCUCACCCUCUGCAGCUACACACAGCUAUCGUCUGCUAAACCUCUGAAGUUGCUGAUGCAAGAAUGGACCACCUACCAGAACGAGUGCUUGCAGAACCUCACCAGCACGCCACCGGCCGCAGGUCUGCUGUGUAACAGGACAUUUGAUCAGUACGCCUGCUGGCCCGAUGGACUCCCCGGAACCACUGUCACCGUCUCCUGUCCUUGGUACCUGCCCUGGUACCACAAAGUCCGACAGGGUCUGGUGUACCGGGGGUGCGGUCCGGACGGGCACUGGGCCCCGAAGAACACCAGCGAGUGUGAGCAGGAUGACCCAGAACAGCAGUACUAUGGCAGUGUCCUUAAUAAGUUCCGGGCCAUGUACACUGUGGGCUACUCCCUGUCUCUGGCAGCCCUGAUCCUGGCACUGGGCAUCCUGGCCUCCUUCAGGAAACUUCACUGCAUGAGGAACAACAUACACAUGAAUCUGUUUGCGUCAUUCAUCCUUCGUGCCAUCUCCAUCCUGAUUAAAGAUGCCCUGGUAGACACCCCGUCUCUGACGCUAAGCCCCGGCACUGACAGGGACCAUCAGACAGUUGCUGGGUGCCGCAUCGCCAUGGUGAUGAUGCAGUACAGCGUCAUCGCCAACAACUACUGGCUGCUGGUGGAGGGCAUCUACCUACACAGCCUAUUGGUCAUCACCGUGUUCACGGAAAGGAACUACUUCAAUAUCUACCUGUUCAUUGGCUGGGGCACACCUGUGAUUUUCGUGUUGCCAUGGGUUACUAUGAAGAACCUGUAUGAGAAUGAGCAGUGCUGGGAGAGGAACAUCAACAUGGGUUACUGGUGGAUUAUUCGUUCCCCCAUACUGUUUGCUUACCUGAUAAAUUUCUUUAUCUUCAUCCGGAUCAUAAAGAUUCUGAUGUCAAAGCUGAAGGCUCAUCAGAUGAGAUACACAGACUACAAGUUCAGGCUGGCUAAGUCUACCCUAACCCUGAUCCCUCUCCUGGGAAUUCACGCCAUCCUCUUCACCUUCGUCAUCGACGAGUCCGCCCCCAAGGGUUCCAUGAUGCGUUUGAUCCGCCUCUUCUACGACCUUCUCUUCAACUCCUUCCAGGGUCUGCUGGUGGCCAUCUUGUAUUGUUUCGUCAACAAAGAGGUACAGUGUGAGAUGCUGAAGAAGUGGAAGCGUUGGAAGCUGGGCAAAGACAUCGAGGAGGAGUACCGCCACACCUACAGCCAGACGGCACAGGUCAAGAGAAGCAGCAACGCCACGGGCAACCUGAACGAUCCCCGCGACAAUGACAGUGACCCCAAUGACUCGCAGUCGACCCCUAACCCCGACCUCGAGCCCGACCUCGCCUCGACCUCCGUCACCCUGGACGAGAGCAGUAGGCUGGUAGUGUCGUGCCACAAUGGGAUGGGCAGAGAAAAGACCAAAUCCUUCCUGCAGGGCCCCUCUGGCCUGAGCGAUGUCCCCAGCGACUCCGGCUCUCUGACAGAGGACAUUUGUCUUGAGGAGCGGGGUCGGAAUAACCAACGGCCAGAGGGGAGCGCCGAGAGCCACUUCUGAUGGACAGCAGAUGGGCCGACCGGGCCUGUGAACCGAUUGAUCGACGGAGCGUUUCUUUUGACCUUCCCCCCGGCUGUGUGCUUUUGACCAAAGCACUGGUCAGAAGCAAUGUGCAGCGUUGGGAAUCGGGCGACAUUUGGGACGCACGUUGCCUCUGUGUACUCUGCCGUCACCUUUGUUUCUAGGGAGACCCAUCUGUGAUUCGUCCAGAUUCUCACCGGCCUUCACCGGUACUUUUCUCUGGACAGCAUGCAGCUCAUGUUCAAUUUGACGUUUUGUAGCAGGUUAGGAAACCUUAAGCAGCAGUUUUGGAUAAUUAACAUUCAGUUAAGGCCGAGGUCUUCAGCCCUGUCCUGAGGAGUCUGGGGGUCUCUGAGGAGAGGGUUGAACACAUCUGGGGGUCUCUGAGGAGAGGGUUGAACACGUUGGGGGUCUCUGAGGAGAGGAUUGAACACGUCUGGGGGUCUCUGAGGAGAGGGUUGAACAUGUCUGGGGGUCUCUGAGGAGAGGGUUGAACACAUCUGGGGGUCUCUGAGGAGAGGGUUGAACAUGUCUGGGGGUCUCUGAGGAGAGGGGUGAAUACUUCUGAGUUAAGGUUAGGAAAAGACUUACCGGGAAUUUAUCUAAUUUUGCCUAUUGGUGCUAGUGCAAAGCUGGUUGGUACUGGCUCUGGAAACAACAAUAACACGCACACACACACAGGAAUGACGCAGAUAAUUCAGAGCACACUCAGAAAAACUAAGACACGCACACUAUAUGUGCUAUAUCACCCCUAUCAGACAUCACCUCUAGAGAUGGGGACAUUCUACAUGCAUGUUCUCUGCACCAUUGGAACCAUGGAUCUCUGUUCAGCAGUAGAACACUAUAUAGAACAGUGGUUCCCAUCCUUUGAGGGUUCCUGUGCCACCAACUGACUUUUGUCUGUAAUACCUAUGAAGAACCCCCCCUCAUGUUCCUUUUACCAGCAAGUCUAUGUUCUCAUGGACCUUGUUGAGUGCCCCCUGUGGACAGACAGAGAGAUUGCAUAUAAUGCCAUUUGGGACACAUUACAGGACAGGAUUAGAUCAGAACCCUACAGAGACGGACUCAGCUGUGGAACAGUGGGACAUUCCAGAAUGUUGCCAACGUCCGUCCAGUGUUCCGACAGGAAGCUCCGGAACCCCUGAGAAUUGUGGAGGACGGGAUCUCUUACUGGGUCUUUCUUUCAGAGACAACCGUUGGUAGUUGGUUAAGGUCGUAGGAGUCUGCACCCUCGCUUUCAGAAUUGUGUAUUCAUAUAUUUUCACCUCAUACCGCUGGCGCAAUUUGAGUGGACUGACUGACUCUCUGACUGUAUAAAAUCACCCAAUUAAGUUAUUCAGUUUUUUAAAGGUAAGCCAAACGCCAACCAGACGCAGCAUACCGGCUCGUACCUUCAAGGGGCACUGUGACUGAUGCACCUCCUCUGUUCACACCUCCUUCGUCACGCCUUCCCGAUCCAUCUGCUCAGCUUUUUCCUUUGACCCGACAUGUUUUGUCUGAAUGUGUGUGUUUUUGUGGACAGAGCAGGACUGCAAACUGAAAGUCUUGGCCACUGUAGUGUCCGAGCACACAGGAAAUGAAGUUACGGGCUCCUCUGCUUUUGGGGACAGGAACCUUCUGGGUCUGACUACAGGACCCUGUCCCUUCAGCCAAUGCAGCACUCACACGCUGUAUCCGAAGCCUUGUCUGAGAAGUGGGAGUUACUCCAGAGAGGAACGUAUUUGUCGGAGGAAAGCGCUGGUCGAUCUAAUACAGGAAAGGUUCCAGUUCGAUCAAAACGAUCAAGUGCUCAAAUAAAAAGAACCUGUUGUAACCCAUGAAGGUCUCGUUGUUGCGCAGAACAAGGACCCUUGGGUAAAUCCUCACUGAGACCAUGUAAAGUAUGUUAGGUCCCUGCUGGGGUAUUUUCAUCGUACCAUGGGGGAUCCCGGUUACAUAACCUAGCCCCCCCCCCCCCC